AUGGUGGUAUUGUCCGCGAAGGUGUUCAGGGAGAGUCAGCCGACGUCCAACGAAGGCCGUCGCUCAGUCGACUUUGUGCCCGAGAUCAACCAGCGCAACCCACAGGACGAGUUCCACACUGGUCGUGGUGGUGCCGGAAAUGUGUACAAGGAGAAACACGGCGGUCACAGCUCAUCUUCUGAACGCAAGGGACUGGGCGAGAAGGUCAAGGCGGCGCUCCAUCUCGACGGCAAAAAGGAAAAGCCUGAGCCGUCUCCUCCUGCUCAGGACUAG